UCAGGUUAUCACCAAUAUAUAUGGGUUUUUUUUUGAUUAUUUAAAGCGUUAUCAGUUGUAUAUGAGAGUGAUAUGGUUAAUACUAGUUUUUCCUGUACUGCUAGAUACAAACGAUAUGUAUAAGGCAGGUUCCAUAAGGAAAAUCGAGGUGAAAAACUUCGUUACCUAUUCUCACGUAGAAAUGGUUCCUGGCCCCCAUUUGAACAUGAUAAUUGGUCCCAACGGAACGGGCAAAUCUACAAUGGUAGCUGCUAUAAUUUUAGGCCUUGGGGGAAACCCCAAAGUAGUAGGUAGGGGCACGAAAAUCUCUGAGUACGUAAAACAUAAUUGCGACAGCGCAACUAUCAACAUAAUCAUUCAAGAUCAACGCGAAGAUAGAUUUAUUAAGGUAACAAGAGAGUUUGAUAAGAAUGACAGGACUUGGUGGAGAUUGGACAAUAGAAAGGUUAAGCCAGACGAAGUGUUAAAGUGCAUCCAGAAAUUUAAUAUUCAAGUAAACAAUCUGUGCCAGUUUUUACCACAAGAUCGCGUGCAAGAUUUUGCCAAAUUAAAUAAGCAGGAGCUUUUACGAGAAACACAGAAAGCACUAUGUAGGUUUGAUUUAAUAGAAAAACAAGAAGCUCUUAUCAACAAUCGAUUUAACCAUAAAGAUCUCAUCGCCUCAAUAGAAACUUAUCAGAAAAAACUGCAGGAGGCUCAAGAUGCCAACGCGAUGUUAGAAGGCAGGGUACAAAAUUUCAACACAAAGAAAAUAUACACCGAAAAAGUAUUGCAUAUAGAGAGAAAAAUAGCCUGGAUGAUGUUCGAAGAAGUUAAAGUGCAAGUCACAGACAUUAAAAAGGAUAGAAACAAUGCGCAGGAGGUGUAUGAUAAAUUUAAAAAUGAAGUGAGGCCUGUGGAACAGGCAAUCGAUGACUCUAGAAAACAAAUUACAAACUUCCAACAGAGCAAUUCUAGACUUGCCCAGGUAAUAAGAAAUAUUGAAAAUACUAUUCAUUCGAACUUGGAAAAGACCGACACCCUAAAGGGCUCCAUAAGGUCGGUUGAGGACGAUAUGAAUGUAAGAUUGAGUGAAAUUGAACAGUGGGACAAGGAAAUUGAGAACGCUACUAACAAAUUACAGGAAAUGAGAAUGUCUCACAAGGAAAGCCAGGCAAAGUGUGAAGCAGACGAUCGGGAAAGGCAAAACUUAACUGGGGAACUGAAAAAAUUAGUCACCCAGCAGCAGUCAUUUCAGGACAAGAAGGACGAAAUCCUCCAAGCAAAACAUGACGAAGUGAGAAACAUAAAUUCCCUUGAGCAUGAAAUGAACCGUUUGGAAAACGUGAAACACACAAGACUUCAGUUAUUGCAAAGGCAGAACCAAGACGCGCACAAAGCUGUAUGCUGGCUGAGGAACAACAAACAUUUGUUCCAGGGAGAAAUCUACGAGCCGAUUAUGUUAGAAGUGAACGUUCUGGACAAUCGUCACGCCAAGUACGUCGAAAAUGUGAUACCUAUGCGCGAUCGUCUCGCGUUCACUUGUGUAAACAAGGAAGACAUGAAUAGACUCAUACGUUACUUAAGAGAAGGACAACGCCUGACGGUCAAUGUUGUCUAUUCCAGUGAUAGUUCGAAUAACCUUAACGCAUUCCAGCCUAAAGUCCCUAUAGAACAGUUACGCCAGUACGGAUUCUACACUUACGUGAAUAAUCUAUUUACGGCUCCUGCCCCAAUAAUGAGUUAUUUGUGUAAAACUUACCAAAUACACAACAUCCCGGUGGGCGAUCACAACACAAAUAACUGUUACGAGAAAUUGCCGCAGACCAUUAGGCAGUUUUUUAGCGAUAAAUAUCGGUACAGCAUAAGUUUCUCUAAGUAUUCGGGAGAAAAAAGCACCAGGCAGACCGAAAUUUUCUCAGACGGUGGACUGUCGCUUUCGCUCGACGUGGUACGCCUUGAAAAACUGAAAGGGCAGAUAAACGAUGUAAGGAAAGCAUCGCAAAACUAUGACAUGCAAAUUGAAUCUUACCAAAGUCAACUGGGGAAGGUGAGCGAGAAAAUCAACAUGUUGCGUGAACGAAUGAAAGACCUGCAAAAGGAAAGACAACACCUUCAAAUGAUAAACUCUAGGAUACACACCAUGGAAAGACAGAUAGAAGACAUGAAGAGGAAUAAGAAGAGUCCCGAGGACAUAAGAAAACAAUCGAGAGAUACGAUAAGGGGACUGGUGCUGGGGAUGCACGGAAUCCAACAUACCAUUAUGUCCGAAUUAAAAAAAUUGUCCGAUCAGAUAAUUCAGAGCUCUCUGACGUCCGUGAGGAUCGAAGAAUUCAGGAAAAAACUCGCGUACCUAGAGAACAAGGCGAGCGACAACCAGACCCGUUGCCAAGAAGCAGAAGAAACACUGAACAAGAUCAGAGACAGAUAUGCUGAAGUCAUGAGCCGAGCCAAGUCGUUGCUGAACAAAGCAAAGACCAUGUCAAGCGGUUUCACCCAGUCAGAUGCCGGAUUCGACGAAUUCCGCGCCGAAUACGACAGAUUAUCCGACGACGUACAGGAGCUGAAUGCCGAAAAAGACCAGUUCGUCUCUCGCAUCGCUUGCCUGAACACAGCCGACGACGGCGAGAUGCAAGAGUACGAGGAAAGGCUGCAGGAAAUAGAACGUCUGCAGGAGAAAAUCGAAAGCUCUAACGCCGAGCUGGAGAAGAUCACCACUAAGAUGGAUAGGGUGCAGGAGGAGUGGUUGGCUCCGCUUAAGGAGUUAGUGGGCGAGAUAAACUUGAAGUUCGCCUCGGCCUUCGAGAGGAUGGGGUGUGCGGGGGAGAUAUCGAUCAGUACGGGGGAUAACGAUAAGGAUUUCUCGCAGUACGGGCUUUGCAUUAAGGUGACUUACAGGAACGGGGAGCCGUUGCAAGAAUUGAACAGGAGCGUACAGAGUGGGGGCGAACGGGCGGUGGCUACGGCAGCUUUUAUGUUGUCGCUGCAGGAGUUGACGCCUGUGCCGUUCAGAUGUGUCGACGAAAUUAAUCAGGGUAUGGACGCCAACAACGAGCGAAGGAUCUUUGAAUUAAUUGUCGACGUGACGUGUCAACAGACCUCGUCCCAGUAUUUCCUUAUAACGCCUAAACUAGUGCCACAUUUGAACUAUUCCCGAAAUAUGGCGGUGCACAUCGUCCACAACGGACCGUUUGUUGCUCAGGAUAAAAAGUGGGGAUUCUCAAAGGUCUGCAAUCCCUUAGGCCUCCAGAUAGCGUGAUGGAUGCUAUUUCUUUUGUAAGAGUACAAAUAUGCGCGUUAAUUCCUCAGUUACAUAUUUAUUUUUUAAACAAAAUUAUAGAUAUAUUUAUAUAAUGUAAGAUUCAGUUUUGAUAAAA